AUGGCUUCUGUUGUGCCCCUUGAUAAUGCAACAUUUAUUCGCCCCUCCACAUUUUACAUCAAUGGAUUUUACAACAUGCCAUAUGCAAAGUAUUAUUAUAUAUUUUUUUGUUUUGUGUACGCUGUGACUGUUUUGGGCAAUUCUUUUAUAAUGGGUACUAUAUAUCUGGCACGUACUCUGCACACAGCAAAGUAUAUAGCUGUCUUUAACUUAGCCUUGUCUGAUCUGUGUGGAAGCUCUGCUCUUAUUCCAAAAUAUAUUGACAUGUUUCUGUUUGAAAACCAGUACAUAUCUUAUGAAAACUGUCUGGCAAAUAUGUUUUUUGUUUUUCUCUUUAUGACCCUGCAGUCCCUUACUCUGCUUGCUUUGGCCUUUGACAGAGUAAUUGCUAUAUGUUUUCCUCUGAGGUAUCAUGCUGUUGUCACCAAAACUACAAUGACUCUGAUCAUUGGUUUUAUGUGGCUUUUUUCUGUAUCUAUUAUUGCCCUCCUUGCAGCACUGAUUACAAGACUGUCCUUUUGUAGAUCUACCACAGUUGACAGUUAUUUCUGUGAUCAUGGCCCCAUCUUCAGACUAGCCUGUAAUGAUAAUUCCCUUAAUUAUAUAAUGGCCGCUGUCUGUACUGCUGUUGUACUUUACAUUCCACUGACACUCAUAGCUAUUUCAUAUGUUUGUAUUGGUGUUGCUCUGUGUAAGAUCUCACAUGGUGCAGAUCGCAUGAAAGCUUUGAAAACCUGCACUUCCCACAUCAUAUUAGUGGCCAUGUUUUAUUUACCUAUCAUUGGCAUUUGUAUGGCUGCUAUUACAACAUACCUACAUCCAAAUACAAGAAUAAUACUAAUAAUUUUUACACAAACAAUUCCGGCUAUGUUAAUUCCCAUCAUGUAUACUCUGAAGACAGAAGAGGUAUGGCAUUAUAUUAAAGUGCUCUACAAACAAAUCAAGCUGAACUCUGAAAUGGAAGAGUAG